CUUGCAGCAACUUGGCAACUUUGAUUAUUCGCUUCGUGUCUCACUCGCACUCGUUGCUUGAUAUAUCCCGUAUAAUACUAUGGUCAUUGUAUAUAUAUGCUGUCGCGAGUCUUAACUGUAGCCAGUGCCAGUCGGUGUGUCAAAUCAGCCAUUCAACCUUGUUCUUACAAUGAACCAUUUGGUACUUUUUACAAGGCUUUGCUACACUGCCUUUUAGUUAAUUGAGAACUUGUUUAUCAAACGCUGAUUAUCAGUGAAAUUUCGAAGUUCAAAGAACUGCACGAAAAAUAUACAUUCUGAAUAAAGAAGUGUUGGGAAAGUACUUCGAGGUUAUUAACACGUCAAUAAGGAUUUCCUUGCAUUUAGAAACUUUGAAGAAAUGGCUGGUCACAAUUAUCUCAGUGACCCAAAAAAUCCAUUCUUCUCGUUAGAAGAUGAUGUGGAUGAUGAUACAUUCUUACGAAGUGCCCCGCCAAGGUGUCCAACUACUUCCAAUAAUCAUUAUCAAAAUUAUGAUAACACGCUUGAAAAGAAGCAUCAAGAACUACUCCAGCGAAAAAAAGAAAUAGAGGAAAGAACAAUUAAAUCCUCUCAACGCUCUAUAUCAGUACUACGUGACACAGAAGAAGUUGGAACUGCAACUGCAGAGGAAUUGAUUAGGCAACGAGAACAGUUAGAAAGAACUGACAGGCGUUUGGAUGAUAUUAACAGCACAUUAAGAUUCAGUCAAAAACACAUUCAAGGUAUAAAAAGUGUUUUUGGUGGAUUGAAAAACUAUUUCAGUGGUAGUAAAUCUAUGGACGUGCCUCCCGGUUCAAGUGCUGGUGGAAUCAAAACUCCUGAAUCUGCAAUGUCUCCUACAUCCCCAACAUCUCCAAUCUCUAACAGUUCUCUAGCAGAUAAGUUAAACAGUUCUGUCGAGAAUGCAAGACGAAACUCAGAACAUCCAUCUUUCCGUCUUCGAGGUAUGACAGAAGAAGAAGAAGAUUUUCGUCCCGAUCCUACUAAAAAUAUAGCUGCUGUGUUGGAGAAAAAUUUAGAUGAAAUGAGUGGCUCUAUUGCAAGACUAAAAGGUUUAGCUAUUGGUUUAUCUGAAGAAAUUGAGACACAAAAUGAUUUAAUUGAUAACAUCACAGACAAAGCAGAAAAGGCAGAUAUAACACUGCAGCGACAAAAUAAGGACAUUAGAAAUCUAUUAAAGAAGUAAUAACUUAGUGAAUGAUUGGCUGGCCGAAUUAAAUCAAUUGUUCUAGGAUAAAGGUCUGAUCAAAUGGUGCAUAAAUUAUCAACUAUGUACUUGUGAAAAACGAUUUUGAACAAUUUAGUUCCAUGCAAUACUAGAAUCAGUUCUAAAAUGUAUGUAUUUUAAAAAUAUUGUGAAAGGGAUAGUUUUUAUGUCAACCUGCCUGUGUACCGUUGAAUUUCUUUAUUUAAAACUGAAUUAUAGUUAACUGUAAGAAGUGUACUCACGUUUUUAAUCACUCAAGGGUGCAUUGUAUAUUGAACAGGUUCAUUGAAUAUGAAAAAUUGUGUAUAUAUAAAUAAGUACAUUGUAAUAAGUUGAAGUAUCUUUUAAUUUCGUAAUAUAUUUAAAAAAAAGUUUCUAUAAAAAUUAUAUAAUCAUUAUUAAAAAUGCUACUACGAGAUUCAGUAAAAGCUUCUAUAAAACGAAUAUUUCAACUGUUGGUGAACUUUAUCAUCUUUAGAAUAAUAGAUAUUGUUCUACAUAAACAUAUAUCUUGUAAAAACCAUAUAUAAAAGCAAUUUAUACCUAAAAGAAAUUAAAUAAGCAUGGUAAUUAUA